AUGGCAGCGUGGAAGCAAGCGAAGACGGCGGAGGGCAGGGAAUACUACUGGAACACGGCUACCAAGCAGACUGUGUGGGAGAAGCCCGAGGGGUUUGAGCCAGAGGCUCCAGUGACUGCAGACUCGGUCGCUAUCAACGGCGCCUGGAAGGAAGCUCACGGUACCGAUGGCAAAUCGUACUACUACAACACCAUCACCAAUGAGACGCGAUGGGAGCCACCGCCGGCAUUCCAGCAACAGCAAUUGCUACGACCUCCACCACAGGCUGAUCAAGGUUUCGUGGCUGGGGGUGGACGUGGAGGGUACAGCGAACGCGAUCGCGACGAGUACACACCACGUGAUCGAGGAAUGAAUCGGCGGGACACUCGAGACAACGGUCUCCCACAGAAGCCAGGCUAUGACGGUGGGCAGCCUUGGGAGCGCAGGCAAGAAGGCGGUUAUCGUGGUGCCACAGCCAUCAAAACCGACGAACCCGAAUACGCGACUAUUGAGCAGGCCGAGGAGGCUUUCUUCAAGCUACUGAAGCGCUCUAACGUCACUCCGGACAUGGGCUGGAAGGACACUCUGCGCUUGAUCAUCCGCGAUCGCGAAUAUCGUGCUCUCAAGGACCCUGUGGAGCGCCGUGAUGCAUUCGAGAAAUAUCGUGUACAAGUACGCGCCGAGGAGAAGGACAAGGAGAAGGAGCGUCGGGCGAAGGUGCGUGAGGACUUCCGCCAAAUGCUCAAGACGCAUGACGACAUCAAAUACUACACGAGAUGGAAGACGGCACAACCGUCAAUCGAGCGAGAGGCUGUCUAUAAGCAAGCAGGAUCUGAUGCCGAGCGACGUGCUAUGUUCGAAGAUUAUACUUCCGAGCUCACAAGGCACCAUGACUUGGAAGAAGCCAAAAAGCAUGAGCAUGCGUACGCAGAGCUGAAAGAAUUGAUAUUCAACACCAUCACUGAUCGAUCUACUCCGUGGGAGGAAGCGAAGCAGAUGAUCACCACGAGUGAUACCUUUCAGGACAAUAAGAUCUUCCGCUCGGUCCACAAUGUCGAUAUCUUGAAUUUGUACGAGCAACGCGUUCAGGAGCUCGACUUUGCGCGCAACGAAAGCAAGCGACACGACGCUACUGCCCGCCUGCGGAAUAAUCGCAAAGCUCGCGAUGCGUUCCGAGAGCUGUUGAGCAAGAAUGUGGAGAAGGGCAACAUCAAGGCCGGCACGAAAUGGUCUGAUUUCUACCCACUCAUCAAGGACGACGAACGCUACAUCGAUGUCGUCGGGACAGCUGGAAGCAGCCCGCUCGACCUAUUCUGGGACGUGGUUGAAGACCAGGAGCAUAAGCUGCGAUCUAGGCGCAACGACGCUCUUGACGUCCUCGAGGCUGCACGCUAUGAGAUGACUACCGAAACCAGUGCUGAGGAUUUCGCGGGCGUCAUGCGCUCGGAUCCACGUACCUCUGAUCUGACAGCUGAGCAGGUGGAGCUGAUUUACAAACGUCUCAUGGACAAGGUGCACAAGCGUGCUGCAGAUGAGAAAGAACAAAUGGAGCGCUCGCAAAGAAAGGCCAUUGAUGCUUUACGAUCCGUCAUCAAGCACCUCGAGCCUGAAGUUCGGGUCGCGGACACCUACCAAGACGUCGCGGCUCGACUCGAGAAGUACGAAGAAUUCCAGGUCCUGGACUCGGAAUUCCGCCGCUCUGCUUUUGACAAACAUAUUUCGAAGCUUGAGAGUAAGGAGAAAGGUCGUGCCGAAGGCGCUCGCAUUAGAGAGGAGCGAAAUGCCGCGCGCAAUGGCAGCUCGCGUCGCCCGGAUCGCGAUGACCGCCACCGCCGUGACCACCGCCGUUCCCGUUCUCCCGAGAUCGACGCCUAUGAAGCCGAGCGCAAACGCGCACAAGCUGAUCGCGAACGCCAGUACCGCAAAGCUUCUUUCGGCCUGACACCACCGCCUCGUGAACGCCGUCGCGGUAGCGGCGAUAUCGAUAGGUAUGAUGGUCGAUACGAGGAUCGUGGCCACGAUGAUCGUGGUGGAAGACGUCGUGGCGGCUCAAGAGAGAGGGAGAGUAUUUAUGAUCGAGAGCGGAGGGAGCGGGAGAUGGAGCGGGAGAGGUCGUAUAUUUCUCGUGCGGAUCCGCGGGACAAGGGCCGGACGUUGGAUUAUGGGGAUGAGGAUGCGGGGAGUAACGGUGGCGGGAACGGAGCGAGCAGUGUGAGGAAGAGGAGGGAGUCGGAGGUUUCUGUCAUGCGGGACGCGAAGCGUGUCCGCCGCACACGCACACCAGAACCCUCUGGCGUGCUCAAGGAACCCGAGGAAGAACCCAGGGAGGUGCGAUCUGGAAGCGAGGAUGGCGAAAUCGAGGAGGUCUAG